UGCUCAGGCAACCUCUCUGGGAAGAUGCUGCUUCUUCCUCUCCCCCUGCUGCUCUUUUUUUUGUGCUCCAGAGCUGAAGCUGGGGAGAUCAUCGGGGGCACAGAAUGCAAGCCACACUCCCGCCCCUACAUGGCCUACCUGGAAAUUGUCACCUCCAACGGUCCCUCAAAAUCUUGUGGUGGUUUCCUGAUAAGACGGAACUUUGUGCUGACAGCCGCUCAUUGUGCAGGAAGGUCUAUAACAGUCACCCUUGGAGCCCAUAACAUAACAGAGAAAGAAGACACAUGGCAGAAGCUUGAGGUUAUAAAGCAAUUCCGUCAUCCAAAAUAUAACACUUCUACUCUUCACCACGAUAUCAUGUUACUAAAGUUGAAGGAGAAAGCCAGCCUGACCCUGGCCGUGGGGACACUCCCCUUCCCAUCCCAAUUCAACUUUGUCCCACCUGGGAGAAUGUGCCGGGUGGCUGGCUGGGGAAGAACAGGUGUGUUGAAGCCGGGCUCAGAAACUCUGCAAGAGGUGAAGCUGAGACUCAUGGAUCCCCAGGCCUGCAGCCACUUCAGAUACUUUGACCACAAUCUUCAGCUGUGUGUGGGCAAUCCCAGGAAGACAAAAUCUGCAUUUAAGGGAGACUCUGGGGGCCCUCUUCUGUGUGCUGGGGUGGCCCAGGGCAUCGUAUCCUAUGGACGGUUGGAUGCAAAGCCCCCUGCUGUCUUCACCCGAAUCUCCCAUUACCGGCCCUGGAUCAACAAGAUCCUGCAGGCAAAUUAACCCUGGAUCCUGAGCCAGCCUUAAAGGGAACCUGGAACUGGACCUGACCAGUAAAGUGUGUGCCUGCCCUUGGUCCCUCAGCCACAACCCUGAGCCUCCAGAAGUAUCCUACAGGUCACAGAACUCUCAAUAAACCUCAGUGAAGACACA